UUAUUAUUAUUAUUAUUAUUAUUAUUAUUAUUAUUAUAUAUGGACAUUUCAGGCCACGUUUGUGGGUUAGAUUCGAGUUGUAGUCAAAUUUGCACCAACUGUUUUCUGGAAUGAAAUGUCUUGAGAUGAACCCUGCAUGGAAAAUGAAAAGUUGAAGACGACUUGUCUCGCUGCUGCAAAGAGGCGGGUAUGUGGUCAUUUCUGGUGACCUUCAAACCGCCAUAAAGGCAUAAAAUUGAGAAUGUUGAUAUCUGGUUGAACAUACUGCAGUUUGGCUCACAUGUUUCCAGAGACAACGUGACAUUUUUAGAAGUUAAAGAAUGCAAAUGCGAGGCGAGCAGCGAACAAUGAGCAGCUAAUGACUCCUUAAAUAAGCCCGAGCUCCGAAAAUGAGCAGUAAGCGUUCCCAUUUCUAUUUAAAUGAAUGUAAAGUUUUUAAAUUCAACAUCUACUUAUGGUAACAAAAAUGCUUUCUUCCCGACUGUGUUUUGUCUGCGUCAUAGUGGAUGGCUGGCGUACUUCCCACUUGAAGCUAGUCCUCCUCGGAGGUAGGAACUCGGGAAAGAGCUCCCUGGGGAACCUCCUCCUGGAAAAAGAUGAGUUCAUUACCAAGGAGAGGACGUCGUGCUUGCGGCGGGUGGUCCAGGUGGCCGGGCGCUGGCUGACGGUGGUGGACACGCCCGGCUGGUGGUGUGACUUCGGCGUGGACGACACCCCCUGCAUGGUGCGCCGGGAGAUCCGGCGGAGUGUCGCCAUGUGCUCUCCGGGACCCCACGUUUUCCUGGUGGUCGUCAAAGAUGGCUCGCACUUCACGGAGAAACGCCGCCGCGCCCUGGAGGAGCACAUGGGCCUGCUGGGGCCCCGGGUGUGGCACCACAGCUUGGUGGUCUUCACUUCGCUAGGCCGGCCCCGGCUCAAUUCAGACCAGGAGGUCCUGGGGUCGGAGGCUUUGGGUUGGCUGAGGAAUCAGUGCGGACAGAGGUGUCACCUCAUUGACUUGAGCGAUGGAAGUCGAGCCUCGGAGCUCAUGGAGAAAAUCCAGAGAUUGGUUAUUGCCAAUGGAAACGGAGUGUUUGAGAUGGAGGAGAGCGUAUGCAGUGCCAUAGCGGAGGAGAAGAGACGUGUGGAAGAGGACGCCCGCGCCAGGUUUUUGAACGUGAAAACUCACAGGGCCUUUAUGAGAGAGCUGGCUCACCCUCUGCCUGACAUGAGGAUCGUGUUACUGGGAGCUAAAGGUUCUGGAAAGACGUCUUCUCUGAACACCAUCCUGGGCUGGGACCAAGGACGGCGGUCCCCGGGCAGGACGGCUCGCUGCGCGGUGGGACAAGGUGCGGUCUUCGGGAGGCAGUUGACGGUGGUGGACACGCCCGGCUGGUGGAUGAACUUCUUCGGUCACGAGACCGCCGCCUUCGACCGCCGUCAGAUCCAGCUCAGUCCGUCCUUAUGCGCCCCGGGGCCCCACGCAUUCCUGUUGGUGGUGCGCCCGGACCGCGCCUUCUCAGAGACCUAUCGGCGGGCGGUGCAGGAUCACCUGGAGCUGCUGGGUGGGGACGUCUGGAGCCGGGUCAUGCUACUGUUCAGCUUCGGCGACUGGCUGGCCGAGACGGCCGCCGAACGUCACGUGGAGAGCGAGGGCGAGCCGCUGCGGUGGCUGGCCGAGCACUGUGAGAAUCGAACCCACGUGCUCAACAACCGGACCGCCGGUGAUGGAUUUCAGGUUAGGGAACUGCUGGGGAAGAUCGAGGAGAUGGUGGCGGGCUGUGGCGUCGGACAUUGGCGGGCGGUGGGAGAAGAGGAGGAUCACCUGGAGAUGACGAUGAGGGUGGAGGAGGCGAGAGCUGCGGAGCGGAAGAUGAAGACGCUGCGGCAGAGGGGGGACACCAGGAGGCACCUUGACAAGUCCCGUCACCUCCCUGAAGUGACGCUCGUUUUGGUGGGUGGCAGCAAAACAGGCAAGAGCUCGUGCGGCAACACGGUGUUGGGCAGUGACUACUUCCGUGCCGACCGCCCGACCACCUCCUGCGUCCUCGGAUGGGCCCGCGUGGACGACCAAGUGGUGAGAGUACUGGACACACCGGGCGGCUUUUCUCAAACUGCGGACCUCCUAAAGGGGGCGCCAUCCUACGCAGCGCUGGUGGUGGUCAACGCCAGCGCCGCCUUCACCGACCUCCAAGGAGAAGCCUUGGAGGCCCAGUUGGGAGGGCUCUGGGCCAGGGCCGUGGUGGUGUUCAGCCACGGCGACUGGCUGGGUGACACGGGAAUCGAACAGCGGCUGGAGAGUGAGGGGCCGGCGCUGAGGCGGCUGGUGGACAAGUGCGGGAACAGGUACCACGUGUUGGACAACAAACGGCGAGGAGAUGGCUCGCAGGUGCGGCAGCUAUUGCAACAGGUGGAGAGCAUGCUGGUGGCGGAGUCUCUCGUGACUGCAGCAUCAUCUGCCACGCCUCGCCACACGACUGCCAUUGUGUGCAAGAAUCCAAGUUUGAUGCCCGAUGACCAUCAGCUAUCAAAUCACUUGAAUUGCAGUGAGCCUUCCGCCGAGCCUCUCAGUGAGUCCACCAGUGAGUGUCCCUCAGUGGACCUGAGUGAGUCUUCAUCAUCUGACAAACAAGUUGCGCUUCCGUCCGCCGCAUGGAGCAGGGGGAACGCCACUUCCUGUUUGCUGGCCGUGCUUCAGGACAGAUUGCAAUCUUUAAGAGUCAACAUACCAGCAGCAUGCCUCCACGUUGACCAAGCCAGAUUUCCCAUGAUGCUCCUGGUGCUGCCCGCAGCCCGCCAGGGGCCGCGUCGCGCCCGACACGUUCACCCGCAGCGCUCCAUUUGCAGCCAGAGUGGAGACUGGAGCAGCUUGGAGGAUCUGGAGGCCUUUAUCGACUCGUAUUUUGACACACUGGCGGAGUGGGAGGCCUUGACGCCACCUCCGCCUCCGCCCUGGACAGAGGGCGCCGCCCCACGGUCGGCAGAACUUCUGCUCUCGUCCAUUGAGAGGAAGCUCUCCAAGCUGGACGUGCUGGAGGAGAUCCGGGAGGACCUGGCGGAGGUGCGGAGGAGCCUGGAGCUCAGCUGCAAGGUCAUGCAAGAGAUCAGAAGCAAAAAUAAACACCAAUGA